GGUAUUUAUCGUUAGUAAACAUGGACGUCUGAAAAUGAUGCGAUUUUUAAUGCAGCAAUAUUUUUUUUGAUAAGAGAAAACAAAACCUAUUGUCUGGUAGUUCCUCAACGCUGUGUACAGAUAUUGUAUAGAAAGGAUGUCUCGUCAUGGUUACAGUGGAUCCAACUAUGAUAAAUAUGUGGAACGCACAGAUACAUCCACAGUUCAUAAGAUCAAGGAAACGUUCUGGACAACCAAACAAGCAGUAAUACAGAAACUAGGCAAGAAAGAGGAUGAACAUGUGGUGGCAUCAGAUGCUCAACUUGAUGCUAAGCUAGAGGUGUUCAGAGCCAUACAGAAAUCUUCCAUGGAACUAUUGAAAGUAAUAGAAAAAUACCAGGAUCGUUUGUGUCGUUUGUCACAAGAAGAAAGUAGCACAGGCAGAUUCCUUAAAUCACAGAGUAACAUUGACAAAACCAGAGCUGGAAAAAUGAUGGCUGCUGUAGGAAAAUCACAGAGCUUCUCAGCUCAGCAAAGGUUAGCGAUGAGAGUUCCCCUUGUAAGACUUUAUCAGGAAGUGGAAACAUUUAGAUACCGAGCCAUAUCAGACACAUUGAUGACUAUAAAUAGAAUGGAAGGAGCCAGGACAGAGUACAGAGGCGCCCUCUUGUGGAUGAAAGAUGUAUCAGAACAGUUGGAUCCAGAUACUUAUAAACAGUUAGAAAAAUUUAGAAAAGUUCAAGCACAAGUGCGGAAAACAAAAGCUAAAUUUGAUAAGUUAAAACUGGAUGUGAUGCAAAAAGUCGACUUAUUAGCAGCCAGUAGGUGUAAUAUGUUCUCACAUGUCUUAGCCAAUUAUCAAUCAACGUUAUUACAUUUCUGGGAAAAAACAUCAAGAACCAUGACAGCCGUCGCAGAAAGCUUUAAAGGGUACCAGUACUAUGAAUUUAAUAUUAUAAAGGAUUUAGCAGAACCAAGUAGAAAAUUAGCUGAAGAGACAGGGAAAGAUAAAGAGGCAGACAUAGAUGACGACUUUGAUCCUAGCAAUUACGAUUACAUCAAAGAAAAAUGCCAAAAACAAAGAGAAGAAUUUGAUCAAGAAUUGUCCAGUAGAUUAGAAGGGCAUAUUGAUGAAAAUGAUGAUAAAAAUUUGUUACAAAAUAAUGGAGAUAUUUCAGAAAAUAUGAAUGACGACAGGUUGAUAGAAUUUGAAGAUUACCAUGACGACGAAGGUAAAGACUCCUUACAGACUAAUGGUAGCUUGCAGAAUUUAUACGAAGGAGAUGGACAUACUUUAAAUGAAGAGAACAAAUCAAUCCUUUCAAGAGAUUCCAAAAAGUCUGAUACUUCUAGUCCUUUUAUAGAGUUUGAGGAGGAAAAACCAGAGGAAGAUUUUAGUGGCCAAAUCAUAUCAACAUCAGAAAAGAUGAAGUUAACUAAAGUAAAUAAAAAAGAUAAAGAUUUAUUGUCAGAUGACCUUGACCCUGAUGACACAGAUAAAGACGACAUGACAAUAUUGAAUGAGAUUCUGAAUGCUCCAUCUACAGAGGAGGAUGAAUUCAGUGCCGAAUGGCAGGCUGUGUUUGGAGAUGGUAAAACAGCCACUACCAUGGCAACUAACCAAGGGAGUGAAACAGAACAGCAUGCUGAAUUUAUGCCUUCAAAUUUAUUAGACUUGAACAAAGAAAUGUCGGGUAUCAAUCUUUCACAAGGUGAACCACAACAAGGCAAUAAAAUGGCCACUGGUCAAAAUCCUCAACAACCCAAAGGAAAAUCACAGAAAAAGAAGGGACAAGACAUGUCAGCCUGGUUCAAUCUCUUUGCUGAUCUUGAUCCAUUAUCAAAUCCAGACGCCAUUGGUAAGACAGAAGAAGAUAUGUCCAACGCCCAAUUCUAGGAUCUGACUAACGACCAGUUGUAAGAUCUGAUUAAAGACAAACUAGAGGAUCUGACUUAAUGGUUGUUUUCAUGUGCAAUUAUAAUUGAAAUCCUGUUGUUACAUUUUUUCAAGAAUCUGUUUAGAAGUAGCUUGAAGGACUGUAUUUUUUAUGUUAUUUCUACCAGCUAUUAAUAAAUAAAAUGUGACAUCUUUUAUUCUGACCAUAAAAAAACAAAGACAAAGUUAUCAUUCCAUGAAAUAAAUAUACAAAUAAUGUGUCCCGAAACAUGUAAGAAUAAUUCUUUCUCAAGGUACUUUUGGUUUAUCCAUUCAUGCAAAAUUUAUAAAUCGAGAGAAGUGUUGGCGAAAAAAAUGUGACUAGUCAAGGGCAAGCCUGGUUCAAAAAGAUCUGUAAACUAGAAAAUAACCAAAACUUCAAAAUAAUUGAUUUUUGAUAUUUAUAGA